UUACAAGAUCUUUCUCUUUGCUGUCAGAACAAACAAAACUCUGAACCCAAAAACGCUUUGCAAAAACACUGUCACUUGACCGUUUCAUUUUUUGGCAAGAACCCGAAGCAGAAACAGUGAAAACAGUAGCAUCAAUCUGCUUUUGUUUUUCACAACAACAACAGAGCCCGUUUCUCUCUUUUCGUUCUGGUUAAGGAUUGCCACUGCUCCCUCAGCUCAACUGGAUUCCUCCAGUGUUGAAGUCCUCAACAUAUUCUAGUUGACCAGUGAGAAAUUGACGUGACGCUCCAUGAACUUUGGGUGGUUAACUAUCUAAACAUGGAUAAAGUAUCUCCUGAUUGUCCAUACCCAGGAUGCUUUUUUUGUGUUAUGAAGGAAGGAAAUCCAAGUAAGCGCAGAGCAAGUAUAUUGAAAUUCUUCAGAGAACUACCCUCGCAGGAUGAUGAUGGGCAGGUUUUACCAAUCAGUGGCCUAUGGAACACUGCUAUGGCACAUCCCAAUGAUCCCGAAUUCAUAGAGUUAGGAAUAUUUGAAUGCAUGUCUUCACUAAUAUGUAAGGGUUUGAAGAACCGUCGCUGGCUUUCUCAUGACCAGAAUAUAUACAUUCCUUAUUAUGCAGCGCACAUUAUUGGAUCCUAUACUAUGAACAUGGAAGAAUUUGCAGAAAGUGCUGUUCAUGCUGGGGUAAUUGCUCCUUUAGUUGAACUUUUGAGAGGGAGGUUGACUUGGGUUGAACAGAGAGUGGCAGUGCGAGCUUUAGGGCACUUGGCUACAUAUUCCAGUACCUUUCCUGCUCUAGCAAGUCAAGGUGAAAUCCUUGAGCUGUCCAUACAACUAGCAAUGAGUUCACUAGAGAUAGUUUACUCGCAUUUCUACCAGUAUGUUGAUAGGAGGCUGAGUUAUCACUGUGAUCUGCUAACUCGUGGCAUGGGUGGUGUUGAAAUGGAAUCCCGGAAGGCAGAGGAAUGGGCCAGUCAGUUGCAGUGCUGGUCCCUUCAGCUCAUUAAUUGUUUUGCUUUUAAGCCUGAGUUUCUUCCUGCGAUCUGCAAACCUGAAUUUCUGACUAAACUACCAGGCAUGUGGGGAGGACUUGUUAACGAAAACUCACCAGCUGGCAUUGGUUUAUUGAGAACAAUUUGUCACCAUAAGCUUGGUAGGGGACCUGUUGCUAGCUGUCCUGGCCUUAUUGAAGCAUUGUGCAAUAUCGCUCGAUCUUCAGAUGAUUGGCAGUAUAUGGCGAUUGACUGUCUCCUUUGGUUGCUCCAAGACCCAAGUACAUGUCAUAAGGUGAUUGAUAAGGCAGUACCUGCACUUGUAGAUCUGGCGGAGAUAACAACUCUGGGUGAUCACAAAAAGCUUGGGGAUUCUAUUGUUAAUGUUCUUCAGGAAUGUAUCCAAUCGCAAGGGACAGGACGUAACUCUAUAAAUAACCGCACUAAAGAACAGAUUGAAGAACUAUUAAGCUCCAGACAGAGAUUAAAGUGGGAAAAGAAUAUGCCAAAAGAGGAUCUUCAUAUCAAACAGGCAGCUGCGCUGGUAGUCAAGCUCGAAGGAAAUUCCCUAUUCUCAUCAGGAAAUAUAUCCGGAGCUGCAUCAAAAUACUCAGAAGCUUUGGCCUUAUGCCCAAUGAGAUCCAAAAAGGAGAGAGUUGUUUUGCACAGUAAUAGAGCUCAGUGUCAUCUCCUGUUGCAACAACCCUUGGCUGCCAUAAGUGAUGCUACACGUGCACUUUGUCUUCACAACCCGCUUAACCGUCAUGCCAAAAGCCUUUGGAGAAGAGCUCAGGCUUUUGACAUGCUUGGCUUAGCUAAAGAGAGCUUGUUAGAUGCCAUUCUAUUCAUCAAUGAAUGCUCUCAAUCAAAUGACCCUGAUCUUUCUCUGAGGCAAAAUAAGGUCCCUGACUAUGCCGAGAGAUUAGUCAAGAAGCAGAUGCGUGCAGCUUGGUUAUUUAGAGAGGCAGCUAUUAAACAUGGAGGUGUCCAUUGUGACGGUGAUGCUGGGGACAUAUAUGGCCAGGACACUGAUGGUUCUGAAUGGGAGACAGCAAGCGAAAGUGAUAUAGGAAAUGAUGGCAGAGAUGAAAUGGGUGAUGAAGAUGAUGAUAGCGAAUGGAAGAAUGAGGAUGAGAGGAAAGAUAAAUAUGAUAAGCCACCAAUGAAAGCUUGAUGUCUACUGCUACAACUUUUUUAUCCGAUGGAUGUUCUAUAAUGUGUACAUGUUUGUUCGUUGGAUUCCUAAACAUUGUAUUGGACCCUUGAUUUGGUACAGACAUAAAGAAUGCAUACAAUGUGCAGCUUGUGGACGAUGAAACAUGAAUAUCAGAAUCUAGACAUGUUUACCAACAUUGACUUAAGGUACCAUCUUUUCUUAACGCGCUACAGUGAGUGUUGCUCUAUUGUGUUAGAAAGAACUUGUUUUGUUAGUUUUCUUGCUUAUUUUUUUCCUUUUUGCUUUCUCAAUUUGUUCAUGUCAAUGUUAAUUUCAGUUGUAGAAAAUGAGCCUGAGUGUGAGUAUAGAGAAAUUUUUUUUUUUUUUUCUUUCAGUCUAGAAGUUUGAGUUGUUUAAAGAGUAUUUUGUAUAUAGAACCCUAAGGGAUUUUUGUCAUUGAACUAUCAAUCAUCUGAGCAAUGAAUUAUAAUUUGCUUUUGUCA